UAUACAUACACAAGGGAUGCAAUGACUAGUCAUGUCUCUUAAUAAAAAGGUUCCUAGGGCUAUAAAUAACACUAUUAUGCUUCCCUAGAAAACUAACCAAAAAUCUAUCCAUCACUAACAAGACAUUAUAACGUGAAUCAUGGCUUCUUCAUCAUCAAAGACUGCAUUUCCUUCAACAUCCACUUUAAGUCCUAAUUAUGGGAUUGAACCUCUAACCGGCACUAACUUCGCGUCAUGGCGAGAUGCCGUUAAAUUAACUCUUGGAAUGAUGGAUUUAGACUAUGCUUUGAGGCAUGAUCCUCCCGCUGCAAUCACUGACCAAAGUUCACAAGAACAAAAACGAGUGUAUGAACAGUGGGAGAGGUCAAAUAGAAUGUCUCUCAUGGUUAUAAAGAAUUCCAUCUCGGUUGCUAUUCGCGGAGCCAUACCGGAUUCAGAAAAUGCAAAAACAUACUUGGACUCCGUUGAAGAACAAUUUAAAGGCACCUCCAAGGCAUAUGCGAGUACUUUGAUUCUGAAGAUGUUGACUACAAAGUACGAUGGUGUGAGUGGUGUGCGUGAGCACAUCAUGAUGAUGAGUGACAUGUCCCACAAGCUUAAGGGCAUGGACAUGGAAAUUAGUGAGGGUUUUUUAGUGCACUUCAUUAUGACCUCUCUUCCGGCACAAUUUGGUCCUUUUAAAAUAAACUACAACACUCAAAAGGACAAAUGGCAAAUGAGUGAACUCAUUGCCAUGUGCGUGCAAGAGGAGGAGCGCUUAAAGAUUGAAAAACCCGAUGUUGCUCAUCUCACAACCACAAACACCGGGAAAAAGAAAGGCAAAUUUAAUACUGGAGAAAGUUCAAAGAUUCAGAAAACAAAUGCAAAUGCAACUCCUGGCUCAACCGCUCCUAAGGGCCUGUUUCGUUGUAAAUUCUGUCAUAAGAAAGGACAUGGCCAACGAGAUUGUCCAAAAUUCAAGGAGUGGCUAGCAAAGAAAGGUAAUCAUCUAUUUAUGAUUUAUGAGUCCUUUAAUAUUAAUGUUCCCACAAACACAUGGUGGGUUGAUUCUGGUUCUAUGGUACAUGUUACAAACUCAUUACAGGGAUUCCAUUCAAUCCAGAGGCUGGAAAGAAACCAAAGAACCAUUAAAGUCGACAAUGGUGAUGAUCUAAAUGUUGAAGCCGUAGGUACUUUGCAAUUAGUUAUGCAAGGUGGCUAUUGUAUUAACUUAUAUGAUACUCUUUAUGUACCGAGGAUGACUCGGAAUCUAGUAUCUGUACAUAAGUUAGAUAAUAAUGGAUAUUAUGUAACAUUUGGUAAUAAUAAAGUCACUAUUACUUUAAAUUCCGACAUUAUUGGUUAUGGUUAUUUGGAUGGAAAACUUUAUAAGUUAGACCUAGAUGACCAAUUCUCAAAAUCAUUGUUGUCAUAUAAUGUAAGUGAAAAUUUACAUAAAAGAAAACGAGAUUUGGAAACCUCGUCUAUGUUAUGGCAUCAACAUUUAGGUCAUAUAUCACGAGACCGAAUGUUGAGACUCG